UCCACACCAUUCACCAGCGCUGCCUCAGAAGGAUUUAGGGCAUCACCUGGCAAGGCCGUCUCAAGGGAUUUAAGGCUUGGGUUAAAGGUGUGCUCUGAGCAUACGAAUGACUAGCAAUAUCUCUCGCUAGGAGACCUAGGACAAAACGGAUUUUUCCCCAAAAGUAAAUUUUGAGGCUUUCUUGCGCCUUAAUGUUGAAAAUGAAGAAAACUGGCGAAUUGGUGGCGAAUUUACUUUGUUUCGCAGUUUUACUUUGUUUGGAUAAACAAAUUGGCAUUUCUGAAAAAGGAUAAGCUACCUUACUUUCUACGUUUGGAAUGAAUGUACGCGAAUUUUAAAAUUGAAGUUUUAAAUAAUUCAAGAUUAAAUUUGGGAAUUUAAAAUGACGUUUUCCCUCAUAAGUUUUUUAUUGAAGUGCACUGGACGCUCAUUCCAAACGUGAAGUGUUAGAAGUAUUUAAUAUGAAUUAGAAAAAUGCUAUUGCUCGAUUUCUUUUCUUAAACCGGCAACCAAUUGGUCAAUAAUUUACGAUUUUUAGCAAAAUGGUCACGUGACAUAUCGCGGACUUAUUAACACAAUACUUUUUACUUUAAAAUGUUAAGGACAACAAGUUCUUCACGUGUGCCAAAUUUUAAUUCAGUGCAAUCAUCUAAGCUGAAGUUAUUGUCAAUAAUUCAUACCACUCAGUCCAGGCGUUAACUACCUGAAUGUCCCAAACAAUGAUUUUCUAGCACAGGCGGGAGUAGCUACCACGUUCAUCUUGCUCAUUCAGGCUUGGCCAUGUCAGCUGCAUGCAGGACGGGAGGAUUCCUAAGAACGUACUCUAUGGCGAGCUAUGCCACUGGAACCAGACCUGCAGGGGGCCUCCUCGUCGUUUCAUAGAAGUUUGUAAACGAGAUCUGAAAGCAGGUAAUAUCAACCCUGCAGCUUGGGAAGCUGUAGCUGUAGACCGAAGUCACCGGAGGCUUGCUUUCAAGGAAAGCACUUUGGCGUGUGAGGAGUGGAACGAGGCGCAGACGGCUGUGGGCAGCAUCAGUACCCACAGAGCCAUACACGGAAUUCAUCUGCAACAACUGCAACAGAGCCUGCCGAUCCAGAAUCGGAUUGUUCCCCAGCCACAGAAGGCGCUGCAACUAAACCACUGA